AAUUGCACGUUAUAUUUACGCAGGUAAAACUUGUAACAUCUGAACGUCAAUUCACACGCGUCUGGCGCUGAAGGUUUUGCGCUUACUAUGAGCGCUCGGCGGCUUGCGUCGCUGCUGCCCAAAUCAUGCUUGGAGCUAGUAGUCUGGGGUCAGCCGCGACUGUUGGGCGCGCUGGCCCAGAGUGAGGCAGCGCUUGAUGGCAACUGUCGACCCUCCACAUCCUACAGCCCCGCGGAGCCUGCCACGAGCCUAGCCGUUCGCCAGUACGCUUCCAGAGCUCAGCUAUCUUCAUCUAGCGUCACGCAGUGGCGGACGGCGCACACCGCGGCGUGCCCACAACACGGCCCCGCCUGCGCGCACGACCACGCGCACCACCAGCAACCCCAGCAAAGCGGCGCAGCCAGCGGCGCCAAGCCGGCGCCGCGGAGAGUGUUGACACUAGAGGAGGUGGAGAAGGCAUGUCGUGGCUGCGACAAACUUGUGAAGCGCGGCGGGUUGGUGUGCAACGGCUGUGCGACGGUACAGCCACCUGACGAGUCGCUGAGUUACUUCGAGCUCUUCUCACUGCCGGACAGCUCAUUCGACAUCGACCCACAACUGCUGGAGAAGCGCUACAAGCAGCUGCAGUGGAACCUGCACCCAGACAAAAUGGGGCACAAGCCGCCGCAGGAGCGCGAGUUCAGCGCGCAGCACGCCUCCGUCAUCAACCUCGCCUACUCCAUCCUCAAGUCGCCGCUGUCGCGAGCCAACUACCUGCUGGCCAGCAAGGGCGUGAACGCGGGCGAGGCGUUUGAGGGAACCAUCGAUGACCCAGAGCUGCUCAUGGAGGUUCUUGAGGCGCGAGAGGAGGUGGAGGGCACGGAUGACCCCGCAGCGCUGGCGCAGUUGCUGGCGCACAACCGGCGGCAGCAGGAGGGGCUGGUGGGACGCCUGAGCGCCGCCUUCCGGGCGGGCGAUAUGGGCGCCGCGGUGUCGCUGACGCACCAGCUGCAAUACGUGGCCAAGCUGGAGCAGGAGAUUGUGAAGAAGCUGCCGCAGCUGUGAGGAGCUCAGGGGCCUGUCGGUAGGGCUGCGGGGGGUGCGGUUGCGGCAAUUCUUUGAGGCUGUGGUUGACGGCGGAGACGGGAGAGCGCCAUGCGUUGGGUGGGUGAGGUUAGAGAGUUGGCUGGGUGGCAGCGGCUCAGGGCAGGGGCACAGUGGCGCAGUGGGUACACAGGUUGGGUUGGGAUUUGGACAGGAGCUCGUGUGAUUCAAGGAAGUGGCAACCAGUGGCAAAUGAUGGAGCUGGACAUUGAGUGGCUCAGUGAGGCGCGUGCUCAGCAGGGGGAGAUUUGUGGUUUCACCUGCUGUGACAUAUUGCAUGACCCACAAUGUCGGCUGGCAUGCUGCGGGGGCUGCCGCGCUGCGAGGCCACAGCCCGGGGUGCUGCAGUAGAGCAGUAGUGGCAUGACUUUGGCUUGGGUUGGCCCGGCUGGCGUCUGUCACGUCGUUGUCGGUGUCGGCUCACUGCUUGGUUGUGAGAGAAAUAUUCGACGGCUGACCGGGUGUAUUGGCGAACAUGGCGCGCGAGAGUGCCAGAGCGCGAGGCCAACACUGACGUGCGAAGUGACUUCCUGUUAAGCGCUGACUUAUCGCAGCGCAGUGGAGAUAAGUCUAGUUAUUGCGACGUAACUGCCGUGUUGCGUUAGAGUCACGCACGGCGCAGGACGCUCGGGUACGUGCCUGUGCAUGGGGCCGAACCGAGCUGGGUCUUGUACGCGUCAGGAGCACACGGCGCCUUAUCUGCCGUUGUGCUUCUGUACUGUAUUUCGGAUCGUCCCUCUGCCGGGACGGUGACCUCAGUGUGUCGCACUUAAACGUUCCCUACAUUUCUGGACUUUCUUUGCAAUCCUAUACCUGGUU